GCAGUCAGUAAGUGUUGCUAUAUUAAAUUUAUUAACUGUGGUUUGUACUUCAACAAGUCUUUGCGUCAUUGUGACGCCAUGAUCGGAAAGCUCGUCUUCCUGGCCGCCCUGGUGCUAACCCAGGGAAAACCCCAGGUGCAGGACAAAUACGAGAGAAAUGAAAAAUGUGAGCGUAAUGAACUUUGCCCUGAGGACCAGAAACAUUACCUUCUACCCCAUGAAUACGACUGCACAAAGUUCUACUACUGUGAAUAUGGAAUGAAAUGGGAGCUACCUCGAGAUUGUGCACCUGGAACUCAGUUCUCGUUUAAAUUGCAGGUCUGUAUUCAUCCGACUCUGGCUAAUUGUACACUUCCUGGAAGUCCAACGGAGCCAACUACAACGACCACUACAGCCACAACUACUACCACUCCAGCACCAACAACUACUACUACUACUACCACUCCAGCACCAACAACUACUACUACUACUACCACUCCAGCACCAACAACUACUACUACUACUACCACUCCAGCACCAACAACUACUACUACAACUACCACUCCAGCACCAACAACAAUCACAACUACUACCACUCCAGCACCAACAACUACUACAACUACUACCACUCCAGCAUCAACAACAACCACAACUACUCCAGUACCAAAUAUAACUUCUACAACUCAAAAACCAACAACAACAACAUCGACAACGACUACAUCAACCGAAUCUGACGAAGAUUUGUUAGAAAACGGCUGUCCGGCUGAUUUUGACGUUCAUAAGUUGCUCCCUCAUGAAACCAAGUGUAAUAAAUUUUACUAUUGUGUCCACGGACAAAAAGUUGAAAGACAAUGCGCACCAGGCACUUAUUUCAAUGCUGAAUUACAAGUGUGUGACUGGCCGGAGAACGUUGACUGCAGUAAAUUUGACGAUGAAAAAGAUGAAGGAGAUUGUGAGGAUAACAAUACUGGUGAUGGAGGAAUUCUUCCAAACGGAUGCCCUGCCGAUUUUGACAUUCAUAAACUACUGCCACAUGAAAGUGAUUGCAGCAAAUUCUACUACUGCGUAUUUGGAGAGAAAGUGGAGAGGUCGUGCGGUCCUGGUACAGUCUUUAAUCCAGAAUUACAGGUAUGCGAUUGGCCGAGAAACGUUAACUGUACAACCAACGGCAAUCCUCCAGAUAUUGACUCAGGAGAAGGUAGUGGUGAUCCUGAUAUGGACACAGAAGACCCAUUGGUUACUGACUGUCCCAGCGACUUUGAUCAACACAAGCUUCUACCACAUGAAACUGAGUGCAACAAAUUCUAUCAAUGCGUUUUUGGGGAAAAAGUGGAAAGAGAAUGUGCGCCAGGAACAUACUUCAACCCAAAACUUGAGGUAUGUGAUUGGCCACGAAACGUAGAGUGCGCUGGUUCUGGUGGAGGUGAUGGUGGAAGUGGAGGGGCUGGCGGGGAGGACUUACCCAACGGUUGUCCGGCAGAUUUCGACAUCCACAAGCUAUUGCCGCAUGAGACAAAUUGCUCCAAGUUUUAUUAUUGCGUUUUUGGUGAAAAGGUUGAACGCGAGUGCCCCUUGAAUACCCACUUCAAUCCAACGUUGCAGGUAUGCGACUGGCCCGAAAAUGCUGGAUGUGCCAACAACGGUGGUGAUAAUGGAAGUAGUGGUGGAGGGGAUGGAGGGAGCAAAAAUAAAUGUGAAGCUGGCUGCAAUGUCCUCCCCUGGCCCCAUGAAAAGGACUGUGACAAAUUCUGGCGUUGUGACGGAUCGACAGCUGUUUUAGUCGUUUGCUCCGAAGGACUACAUUUCAACCCUAAAACCCUCACUUGUGACUUCAUCUGUAACGUCUCUUGUAGCAGACGAGGUAUUGAAUCGACGGCCUUAGCUGAUGGCCUGAAAGUAUUCCUACCUUGGGACAAAAUGGACCCCAGAUUAGCUCGGAUGUAUUUGAAUAACAAUAUGAAUUUGUAGGUUAAAACAAAAACAAAAUGUGAAUUUAUAAUAAAAAAUAAUCUGUGCAAUUU